AAUUGCUAUGAUCAUUCCCUGCCAUGGACAUCAAACCAACCUCGCCACGUCCCCUCCACCAAAUUAAGCUAAUCUCCCUCCUCCCUCUCCUCGACAUUCCUCCUCAUUUCUCUCUCUCUCUCUCUCUCUCGUCCUAACUUCCCCUUAAACGGCUGCCCCACAACAACAGUCACUGUGGAAACUCCUCCAAAACAAGAGGACACGCCGGUGGUCUUCCCCCCCUCUUCCCUUCCCGUCCUCUCGUCCCAUGCGAAGAGCCGAGGCCGGAACGAACCCAUCUCCGGCCGAGCACCGCCCUUCCAGGCAAUGUCGGGCCCGCCCCCUCCCCUAGAGACCUCCUCCUACGCAUCCCCUCCCGUCACCAUCAUCCUCACCGUCGUCCUCCUCGUCUUCUUCUUCGUCGGCUUCUUCUCCAUCUUCUUCUGCAGGUGCUUCUUCGAGAACCUGUUCAGCCCCUGGAACCUGAGGCAGAGCCCCUCCGGGAACCAGAGGGGCGCGGCCGGGGCCAGCGAUGGCCUCGACCCGUCCCUCAUACAGGCCUUCCCUACCUUCGUGUACUCGGCCAUCAAGGACUUCCGGCAGGAGAAGUACGGCUUGGAGUGCGCCAUUUGCCUGGCGGAGUUCGAGGACGAGAGCGUCCUCCGCCUCCUGACGGUUUGCUACCACGUGUUUCAUCAAGAGUGCAUCGAUCUUUGGCUCACGUCCCACAAGACGUGCCCCGUCUGUCGGGGGAACCUGGACUUGCCCCUGAGCAAGUUGUCGGAAAUGCGUCCUGUGGUCGCGGUUCCUCGUGAUAGUACCAUGGGAAGCAUCCGCGAAAAUGAGGAGGCUUCUUUUCAGGGCGCGGUUAGCAUCGAUAUUAAGGAAGGCGAGGAAGAGGAACGCAGAGGAGGGAGUAGCGAUCCUGUCGUUAUUACAGGACAAGAGCAUUGCAAGACGGAGAAGUUUUCGCGGUCGCACUCGACCGGGCAUUCGUUAGCUAGGAACAAAGUAGACGACGACAAAUACAUGUUGAAGUUGCAAGACCACGUAAAGGUCCAAAUUAACAGGGGACACACCGGAAGCUGCAUAACUUUCGGGGAAUUCUCAGGUCACGAAGACAUGUUGAGCAACGGUCGAUUUGGUCACGUGCCGGGCUGCUCGAUGCGCCAGCAACAAGAAUGAAAAGUUUCUGGUUUCGAAUUGUAGAGUGUUUUUCCUUGCCUCAUUUCCCUAGUGGAAUUAUCGAAGGCCGAGUAACACGGAUUGCUCGGGCAUCUUGCCCGUUUUGAUUAGGAAUAGGAAGAUAGUACAGAUAUUUGUUGCGAAACCGAAAUACAUAGCAGUAGAUCAUCCUGAAGAGCUUCUUCAAUGGGGAGGAGAUAUUUUCUUUUUAAAUUUAGCCUCGGAUGAAGCAAUGGCGAUGUUGGAUCACGACCUGAAGCUCGUUCAUGGGAAAAUGUUGGCAGCAGAUGGGUCGUGCUCAGCACGAUAGUUCUUGUUUGACAGUUCAACUUUUAUCAGGUUGAUAUGGGAAAAGGAAAACAUACCGACAGUUUAUUCUAGGAAGAAUUCACAAGAGUAGGAUUCUGUGCUUGUACAUGUACAUUUACUGUUGCUGCUUAUCUCUAUUGUGUACGUAAUGGAGGUUGAAUUAUCUGAAUGUCUGGGGUUUUUUGCA